AUGAAGCUUCACGUUCUCUCACUACUGGCGUCGGCCUCGGUGGCCAGCGCUAGCUGGUCAAAGAACCUCAACUAUCGUUCGCCUUCUGAGCACCACCCUUCGCUUGGUAUAUCAAUACACCGCGUGGUAAAGAGGAAUGACCCCAGCUACAGCUACGAUCCUGCUUCUCUCAAUUUCACGCAUGGAGUUGCUUCGGGAGAUCCGUAUCCGAGCAGCAUCAUCCUAUGGACUCGUGAACGUCUCUGUGUGGAAGUCGCCGAUCUGUGUGGAACUACAAAAGUUGCUUCAGACAAGAAUUUGAGCAGCGUGGUCGAUAGCGGGAAGAGUGUUCACCUCCUCAGACGUUGA